AUGUCCUGUGGAUUUGGGAACACUGAAGAAGUAAACAUCACACAACACCGAAGGAUUUUCAUGCCUAAGGGUAUCGAUCUGAAAGUCGGUGGGAAGACCAAGAAGACCAAGUGGACCGCCCCAAAAUCCAAUGAUAUCUAUCUCAAGCUUCUCGUCAAGCUGAAUCAUUUUCUGGUGAGGAGAACAGGAAGCAAUUUCAAUGCGGUGAUACUGAAGUGGCUUUUCAUGAGCAAGACCAACAAGCCUCCUCUCUCCCUCUUCCGCUUGAUUCGUUUCAUGCAGGGAAAGGAUGCUAAGAUUGCUGUGGUUGUUGGGACCGUUACCGAUGACAUUCGGGCAUAUGAAGUCCCUGCUUUGAAGGUGACUGCACUGAGGUUCACCGAAACAGCAAGAGCCAGGAUUGAGAAGGCUGGUGGUGAGUGCCUCACAUUUGACCAACUCGCCCUUAGAGCGCCACUUGGACAGAACACGGUUUGUAUUUCAAUCUUGUUGGUCUGUGCUUCUGCAAUGUUGUCUAGUUCAUAUGUGUCGAAUGUAUUGUUUUGGCCCUGAAGGAUUUUGCUGUUGAAACUGAAAAUUGAGAUGGGUCGAAUGGCAAUAUAAGGUGUCUUGGGUACAACAGUAAGGCUGAAAUUGCUGGCUUUUUGUGAUAUUUGAUAUGCCAUUGACAAUUGGGUAAUCCUGGAA